AUGUUAAAGUUUUUGCGUGCUCGUAAAUGGAAUGUUCAUCAAGCCUUUGCCAUGUUAUGUAAUUGUAUUAAAUGGCGUAUUGAAGUUAAUGUGGCAGAUAUUAUCGCUAAAGGCGAUAUUGGUCUGUCCAAAGAGGAUCCCAAAUACGAAAUUCAAGGCCCUGCUGAGAAGUCCUACUUGCUUGGAUUCACACAGGAUGAACUUAUUCCUGUGAUUUCGAUUCACGUGAAGAACCACAUAGCAAAGGCGCAGCCGGCAGAGACGAUGACCAACUUCGUCAUUGUCUGCGCUGAAACUUUUCGAAGCCUUGUUACUUAUCCAAAUGAUAAAGUGAUUAUUUUGUUUGAUCUUGGCGGGUUUGGCUUGAAGAAUAUGGACUGGCACUCGCUGAUGACUAUUUUAAAAAUUCUCGAGGCUUAUUAUCCCGAAACUCUUUGGAAGCUAUACAUUCAUCAAGCUCCAUGGAUUUUCCAGGGAAUCUGGAAAGCGGUUUCCCCUAUGCUAGAUCCAUCAGUGCGCCAAAAAAUCAACUUUACCGGGAAGCCUAAGGAUCUGGAUCUUAUUCCUCCCCAUCUGCUCGAGGACAAACUAGGUGGUCAACAAGUCGAUAUUGUGAGAUGGGUACCUCCUUCCCCUGAUGAAAAGCAAGGUCUUCCCCGUGAUGAUCCGCAACGUCAAAAAAUGUGGAAGAGUUUCCGUGAGCUGGCUGUUGAGUACGAGAAUGUUACUAAAGAAUGGAUUCGGACGAAUGGACAGGAUGAUAACUUGUUUGCUGAACGUGAUUUCCAUGCGAAACGGCUUCGUCUGAAGUUUAUUGACAUUGAUCCAUAUCUGCGUGCACGCACAAUGUACCACCGUGCAGGGCUGAUCACUAAGGACAUGUUUUUCGACUUUACUUACAAGCAGGCUAAUGGUCGUAUAUUAAAACACGUUGUCGGCGAAGAAUAUUCACGACAGGGGCUUGAGCGGGCUAUUGCAGAGAGAUCUCGUCGCUCCGACGCUCAACCGAAAAUGCGCUCUUCUAUCGGUCGUGAUAGUGCAGGGCCUGGGAGUGAUAGUCUAGCCGCUGGUGCCGGGGUAGGAGGUGCUGCCGCCGGGAGUGUGGGUGCCGGAGUUGGAGCAGCAGCUGUGGCUUCCAAGCGUGGACGCGCUCGUGACAGUAGUUCCAAGCGUUUGUCCCGCUCACAGAUUUCUGUCGGAGAAUCAGAAGAGCCAAGCUCGCGCUCCUCGCGACAGGGUUUUGGCGAUGGUGGUGUCCCUCGUCGCCAAUCCAAAACGUCGGAAGAGAUGCCAUCAGCUCAUUCUCGACUUCCUCGCUCAUCAGCUGAGUCCUUCGAUCGAGUCCAAAGCCGUGUUAGGUCUUCAACAGAAGCAUCCAACAUUCGUUCCCAAAACGCUGAUGUGGGUUUAGGUGCCGCUGCAGGCGCAGGCACUGGUGUUGUUGGUGGUGCUGGUGCUGCGAUGUCUGCUCGUCAAGCUCACCGUUCGCGGGAAUCGAAAGACAUGAUGUACCAACCAGGACGUCAAUACACGCCGCGCGGGGGUUCGUCUGCACCUUCGAUAAACUCGUCAAUGAGUGACGAUAUAUUUGUUGACGCGAACGAGUUCCAACCGGAUGAUUCACUUGCUACGUAUGCACCACGCGAAUCGAAUGCAUCGCGCUCGCAUAAUAAUAAUGUGUCUGUCAAUGGGCGGGAAAAUGACGCUGAAUACAUCGAUGAGGAAACCUCGAAGGGGCAUGAGGGUGAACCUGAGAGUGUUGAAGAAAAGGGUCUACAAUCAAAGGACGGUCCAGAAGCGGGCGCCCAGUCGAGCCGUGAUCGCUCGUCUGCUGGCGAUCAGCAAUCCAGACGGAGCCAAGCGCGUCGUCGCCAGCGAGCCAUGAAUGGGGAGAACGAAGGACUUGCGGGCUUUCCCAACCUUGCUAAUCCAGAACAAACCGAAAAUAUUGCAGAAAACAACGAAAAAAUGCGCGAACCUUUUGACCCUAACGCUGGUCGUAAGAAGCCAAGUCUGAUUUCCCGCUUCAUGUGCUGCGGUGGAAAGAGUGCCGACUAA